CCUCCGUACAGGGAGGUGGAAGUGGAGCUCCGGGAAGAUGGGGCUGGCCGUCUUUUUCGGUUGCACCUUUGUGGCCUUCGGGCCGGCUCUGUCGCUCUUUAUCCUGACUGUCGCCGGGGACCCGCUGAGAGUGAUCAUCCUGGUGGCCGGCUCCUUCUUCUGGUUGGUGUCGGUCCUCCUGUCCUCGCUCAUCUGGUUCAUCUCGGUCCAGGUCAGUGACAGGAAUGACUCCAGUCUGCAGUACGGACUGCUGAUCUUCGGGGCGGCCAUCUCCGUGCUGCUGCAGGAAGCCUUCAGAUACGCCUACUACAGGCUGCUCAAGAAGGCGGACGAGGGUCUGGCCACCAUCAGUGAGGAUGGACGAUCCCCCAUCUCCAUCGGGCAGAUGGCGUACGUGUCCGGCUUCUCUUUUGGCAUUAUCAGCGGGGUCUUCUCCGUCAUCAAUAUCCUGGCGGACGCCGUCGGCCCCGGCAUCGUGGGCGUCCAUGGAGAUUCCCAGUAUUAUUUUCUCACAUCAGCGUUCCUGACCAUGGCGAUUGUAUUCUUGCACACCUUCUGGGGGAUCAUCUUCUUUGCAGCUUGUGAAAAGCGGAAACCGUUCCACAUCGUGGGCGUGGUCCUCAGCCACCUGAUCACCUCCGGGUUGACCUUCCUGAACCCCUGGUACGAGGCCAGCCUCAUCCCCAUCUACAUCAUCACCCUCGGCAUGGGAGUAUGGGCCUUCGUGGCUGCCGGAGGCAGCCACCACAACAUCCGCAAAUGCCUCGCCUGCAAACGGCAAGAGAGUAACCAGGUUAUGGUCUAUUCUGCUCUUCAGGUGCCCAAUGAGGACUGAGGUCCCGCUCCUCAGCUGCCGUGCAGCCACCUACAGACAUUGAGAUUCAAGUGCUCCUCUCUCCCAGAAGCCGGCCUCCCUUUUGCACCCCCCUCCUCCCCCCCGACGACAAGACGGACCUACCUGCUCCUCGUAUCCCCGUUUCUCUGGUUGGCCUCCAGCUCCUUCCGUCCUGUGCGCCGGCUCUGGGCCUACUCAGGCUGUGGGGGCAAUCUGGAAUUGCUCAUCAUGUAUCAACAACCAGUAUCAAGAGUCAAACUGGAUCCUCAACCGGUUUACAGCUGUUUUUUUUUUUUUGGAGUGGUUUGAUCCAAGAAGGUCCUCACUUGAUCAUUACGUUUCGAUGGACCUUUAAAUUCUCUAUUUUUGGGGUUUUUGCAGCAUUUUCCAAUCCUUUUUUUUUUUUUUUGUGUACGUUUUUCUGUUGGGAUGUAACGACUAUAACCCUCAUUUUCCUGAAGGAUGUUCUGUCCGCACUGACCUACUAACAGUCCUUGGGGAGGUUUCAUGGUACACAUCCUAUUUUUGUAUUUAAUUGAACCAGACUUGGUAUAUUUUCAGCUGUACAUGUCGGACGCCCUUAGACCGCUGCCUAUAUAGCCCAGGGGUUCCAUGGUGUCCGUCUACAUAAGUCACUUUGCGAAUCCUCUGCUUUACUCUUUUUGUUUUGUCUUCUCCAUUCACAUCCAAAGCUACUUUAGAAAUUCUUCUGGUUGCCCUUGGGAACAGACAGCAGUGUAGCUCCGCCCCGUUGUCAGUCAUGUGACCAGUCAGCAGAAUUUUGCUUUGGCUGGGAACGGAGAAAAAUUUAAAAUAUUUUUAACUAGAAUUUUGCUUUGGAUGUGACUGGAGAAGUAAGUAUUUGAAAACCGGAGGAGAAGCAAAGUAUUUUCAAAGUUGCUGAGCAUUUUAUGUAGAUUUUUCACUGGAAAUUGAUCGGCUUAAUGACCCGUUAACUUGAUUUUGGAGAGUCCUACAGUCCACGUUUAAAGGGCGUGUCUCAAUUAAAAAUAAAUAAAGACUUUAUGAACAUUUCCCACCAAAAUUUAUGAAAGUCGAUUUACCCUGUGGGUCGCGGCCAUAUUGGCUCUCCCCGACUCCUCGUUCUGGAUUUGGUUAGAGGCGUCCUAUGUAAGGGGCCUUCAAAAAGUAGAUUGGUCUCGGCCAUCUUGUGGGGCUGGAGCCCCGUUUUGUGAUAUCCCAGUGCUGCUGCCUACUUAAUCUUCAUGAGACCACCAUUAUAUGGCUAGAUCUGAACUAAAUGGCUGCCUCCAUAAACCGUGUACAUCACCGCAGGGAUGAAGAAUAGGAAAGUGGACCAACCCUUGAAGAUCACCAGUAUAGUCUAGGCUCUCUUUUGGCUCCCCUUGAGCAGUGGGGGAGAGUUGAAAAGAUCACAUUUAAAGGGUUGUCUCUCAAUGGUGCAUAUAGACAGGUCCCGGCCUCAGUGGACAAGCCCUUUAACUCCUAAGCUGCCAGUAUACUAGAGACCACAUGGGCUGAACUCAAGCUGCCACGUACGUGUUGUGGGUAUUUUUAUUUUUAUUUUAUACUUUGUGAAAAUCCAAAGAGAUUUUGUUUAUAGUUCUCCGCAGCCAUUAUUAUCAGACUAUGCAUUGCAGGGUCUCCGGCCUCGUCCUGUCAGCAGCGAAUGAACAUGUACAAAGUGAUCACUACUGUUUUUACUGUCCUGCAAUACAGUUCUCCAAUAAAGACUGAUUUCUUGGUUA